AUGUCGAAAGAAUAUCGGUUUGAGAACGGGACAAGCGCCGAUGAUUUCUCCAACGUUUCCAAAGUCGGUGCACAAGUUCAAUACGACAUGGAAUCGUCCAACAAGUCUCUGGAAUCAAAGGACGCAUAUAGUAACGAUACUAAAGAAAAGAAGAAAAGCGGUUUUUUCAGGGAAUUCAUUGAUGGGUUCCGUGAAUUCGAAAUGGAAGAACUGGAUCCAAACCUUACAGAGCUGGAAAAAGCCCAGGCUAUUGCUGCUAGGUCACCUUUGCAAAAAAGUUUAAAGAAUAGGCAUAUUCGUAUGAUUGCCAUUGGUGGUGCCGUUGGUACUGGUUUAUUCAUUGGUGCUGGUAAGGCUCUUAAAAAUGGUGGACCGGCAUCCUUACUUAUAUGUUAUUUUAUUGUUGGUACUAUGAUUUUCUCCACUGUUCAGGCAUUGGCAGAACUGGUUGUUGCAUUCCCUGUUGCAGGUGGAUUCCUUCAAUUGAAUUCUAAAUUUGUGUCUCCAUUAUGGGGUUUCUGUAUGGCUUGGAAUUAUGCUAUGCAAUGGGUUAUUGUUUUGCCGAUUGAACUAGUUGCGGCUUCUAUAACUGUCAGAUACUGGAACGAAGAAAUAAACUCUGCUGCAUGGGUCGUCAUUUUUUAUGCUUUCAUUGUAUUCAUCAAUAUCUUUGGUGCAAAGGGCUAUGGCGAGGCAGAGUUUUUCUUCUCUUUAAUAAAGGUCCUCGCUGUGAUUGGGUUUAUUAUCUUUGGUAUCGUUAUCAAUUGCGGUGGGGGACCCGAUGGUCACUAUAUCGGUGGUAAAUAUUGGCAUGAUCCGGGUGCUUUCAACUACGGCUUCAAGGGGUUCUGUAGUGUUUUUGUGACGGCUGCAUUUUCAUUAGCAGGUACCGAGUUGGUCGGUUUAACCGCUGCAGAGGCUGUCAGUCCAAGGAAAACUAUUCCUUCUGCAACAAAGCAAGUUUUUUGGAGAAUCACAUUGUUUUACAUGGUAUCAUUAACCAUUGUGGGCUUGCUAGUUCCUUCAAAUGAUGAUAGGCUAUUAAGUUCCACCUCCAAUUCACAGUCUGCCUCACCUUUUGUGAUUGCCAUCAAAAGAGCUGGAGUGUCGGGUUUGCCAUCUGUUAUGAACGUUGUCAUUUUACUUGCCUUAAUUUCCGUUGGUAAUGCUGGUGUCUUUGUGUGUUCGAGAACUCUUUCGUCCCUUGGUGAUCAAGGCUUUGCACCAAAAAUACUCAGUUACGUCGACCGUAAUGGUAGACCUGCUGUUAGUAUGCUGGUGACGUUUAUCGUUGGUUUGCUAUGUUUCCUUGCAGCAACUCCAAAAGAAGAAGUUAUUUUUAAUUGGUUAAUGGCUCUAUCGGGAUUAUCUUCUGUUUUCACCUGGGGUACCAUCUGUUUAUCUCACAUAAGAUUUAGACAAGCCUUGAAACACCAUAACAAAACUAUUGAGGAGUUAUCGUUCGUCUCAAUGACAGGUGUAUGGGGUUCCGUCUGGGGUGUUAUUUUGAAUGUGCUAAUUCUAAUGGCGGAGUUCUGGGUUUGUCUUUUCCCACAAGGCAAUGGUGGCAAGGCGGACGCUUACAGUUUCUUCCAAAAUUACUUGAAUGUAUUUUUCAUUCUGUUUGUUCUUGCCAUCUACCUUGCUAUUAAGAGAUUCAAGGUUACAUGGUUAAUUCCAGUCAGCGAAAUCGAUAUCGUCACCGGUCGCCGUUAUGUAGAUGUGGAAAUUCUCAAGCAAGAAGUUGCAGAAGAAAAGGAAUUCAUAGCAUCCAAACCAUGGUAUUACAGAAUUUACAAGUUCUGGUGUUGA